AGCAGAGCAUGUACAGCGUACAGCCUGUCGAAAAAUAGAAGAAGACAUUAGCUUUCAACAUGGCGUCGAAAUACUAUCAAGAGAUGCAAGAAACUUUCAGAAAUAACAAUAAAAGUCGUGAAUUUGCUGCGCAUAGCGCGAAAGUUCAUUCUGUAGCAUGGAGCUGCGACGGAAGACGGCUGGCCUCCGGGUCUUUUGACAAAACUGCAAGCGUAUUUGUCUUGGAAAAAGACCGACUGGUCAAGGAGAACAACUACAGGGGUCAUGGAGAUAGUGUUGACCAGCUGUGUUGGCAUCCAACCAACCCAGACAUCUUUGUCACUGCAUCAGGAGACAAGACCAUCCGAAUAUGGGACGUCAGGACAACAAAGUGCAUAGCCACUGUCAAUACUAAAGGGGAAAAUAUCAAUAUCUGCUGGAGUCCAGAUGGUCAGACGAUAGCUGUAGGGAACAAGGAUGAUGUGGUCACCUUCAUUGACGCCAAGACUCAUCGGUCACGUGCUGAGGAACAGUUUAAGUUUGAGGUCAACGAGAUUUCCUGGAACAAUGACAACGACAUGUUCUUUCUGACCAAUGGAAAUGGAUGCAUCAACGUCCUCAGUUAUCCUGAGUUGAAGCCUAUCCAGUCGAUCAAUGCCCACCCUUCCAACUGCAUAUGCAUCAAGUUUGACCCCACAGGGAAGUACUUUGCAACAGGAAGUGCAGACGCUCUGGUCAGUCUGUGGAAUGUGGAGGAGCUGGUCUGUGUUCGCUGUUUCUCCAGGUUGGACUGGCCAGUAAGGACUUUGAGUUUUAGUCAUGAUGGGAAGAUGUUGGCAUCAGCUUCAGAGGAUCACUUCAUUGACAUAGCAGAGGUUGAGACAGGUGAAAAGCUGUGGGAGGUUCAGUGUGAAUCACCAACGUUCACUGUAGCAUGGCAUCCCAAGAGGCCGUUGUUGGCAUACGCUUGUGACGACAAGGAAGGAAAGUACGACAGCAACCGAGAGGCAGGAACUGUCAAACUGUUUGGACUUCCUAAUGAUUCCUAAAAUCCACAGUUUUUGUUGGACAGCUGUAAACUACAUCUGAAAGUGGAUAUGAGUCCUUAUGAACUGUACUUUGUCUACUGACUAUGAACCAAUGGACUAAUGACACACACACACACAAUUGAACAUAUAUUUUGUAUUGGCCAGGGGCACAAUUUUAAACUUAUUUUGUUCUUUUGUUUAAAUUGUGUAUAAUUCUGUAGGCUACAGUGUUAGCAUAUGUUUUGUACUGCAUACAAUUACACUGUGGU